CAUGCUGAAGCAAGAGAAAACAGAAAUCAGUUGAAUUGAACAAGAGAAAAAAAACUGGCAGUUGGAUAGACUGAAAAGAUAGACAGACAGACAGCAUUUCUUGGCUGAAUGAACGAAUGAAUGAAUGUAUGAAUAGAAAGAUGUUAAAUUUUCUGAAUUGAAAAAUUUCAUUUAUAAAACUACAUUUUAUGUUGCACAAUAAACAGAGCAAGAAGGGAAAAAACUUAAUUCAUUUGUAAUUUAUAUUUUUCGUUUAAUUUCUGUUCCAUUAAUGCUGUUACUGUUGUUGUACAGAAAUCGUAUACGAAAAAAUUUCAACAAAGAUAUUUUCUAUAUUCAAAAGAAAUUACAACAAGAACAAACAUAAACAAUGGCAAAAAUAACGGAACUUUUUACAAAAACACAUUGUUGUAUAUGUCGGCUGUCAUGUUGUUGUAGAUCACACAAUGAAAAUGUUUAUGUACAUGUUGUUGUUGUUGUUGCCAGUGCUGUUCUACUUCACAUGUUAACUGUUUAAGUGUUGAGAUUUAAAAACAUACAAACACUCAAGUAAACACACAUAUACACAGUCAAAUAUUUAUAAAAAGAAACGAAAUUAACAAAGAGUUAAAAGUGCAAACAGAGAGUAAAGCAGAGAGAGAGAGAAAGAGGGAAAGGAGCCUUAAAAUAAUCAUCAUUAUAGCAAAACAACAGCAACAACAAGCGUUAAGAUAACAAUUGUUUAAGAUUUGACUCAAACAAGCAAACAAUACGUUUAAGCAAAAGAGAGAGAGAGAGAAAGCAAAAAAUAUUGAGUAAGAGUGUAAGUGAAGAAGAAGCUGCCAUUAUUGUUUAUAUUUUCAUUUCCAUACUGUUGGCAACAUAUACCAAUAUAUGAGUUCAAAAGUGUGAGUUUGUUGUCUAAAGAAAAGUGUGUUAAAUUGGAAAAAAACACAACAACAACAAGAACAAGAGGGUUGUAAUUGUGAGUGUAUAUUUAAUAUAUGCUCUUGGAUUUUUGCAAUGUGCGGCUAUAUGCUUGACAAUAGCAGCAUUAACCGCAAUAUUAAAAGCUUCUUAUCAAUAACAACUUCAGCAUCAUCAUCAUCCACAUCAUCAUCAGCUGCAACCAACACUCCCUUAACAAGAACAUUAUCAUUAUCCUCGUUUUAUUGUUCAGCUAGAAAAUUUCAUCUCCUUUAUCAGUGUUUUACAAAAAGAAGUGACACAAAUUUACAACGGCCCAGCAGGAACUGGAGCAAAUCUUCUAACAAUUGGCAAAUUGUUUUGCUAACGAUAAUCAUAAUUUUAUUGCAAUGUUGUACAAGUCACGUGUUGGCAAUACGAAAGGGUCGUCUUAUGACUCCGAGCACAUUUACAGCUUUAAGCGGAGAUCUUCAUGUGCAGAUACAAUUUUCAGCAGAAGAUAUAGAAAACGAUAUAAUAAAAACAAGCACAGCUGCCACCACCACCACAUCGACAACAACAGGAGCAGGAGUUAUUGCACAAACUUCAACAACAUCACGCACGCUAAACAAUCAGACAUCAAGUGGCAGCGACACACAACAACAGCAGCAGCAAGUCCUACAAGUGGAGAAUAUUAUAACGAGUACUUUGGUCAUUAGUAAAUACAUUGAUGAGACAAACGUUUCUUCAGCAGCAUCAGACUCUAGCCAGCCUUUAGCUACAGCUAAUGAUUCUUUGGUAUUGCAAAGACAACGUAAAGAAAUCAUAGAAAAUAUAUUACUAUAUCCCGAUCCACGGCACAAUGUCACGCAGGUAUCAGUGCCCUGUCAGACUUUCAUGCAAGGUGGUCUGUAUGAAAUGCAAGUGGUAACGAAUUUAAAAACCACCAAUACAUUAAAAGCCAACUCUAGCUCCUCCUCUAGCAAGGCUAAGGAUGCUACACCCACUAUGACUACCACUACCACCACUCUAAUACCAGUAUACGAUGAACGUUUAAGACAAACUUUAGAUGUACGAUGGCCCAGUGCCGAAAUGAUUGUAAGUCCAGUACGUUUACGCACAUAUCCUGAUACACCGGUAGAGGUUACUUUACGUUUUCCCGAGGUCAACUGUGAUAAUGCCUGGAAACGUGAGGAUUUACCGGAAUUUUGGCUGGAAUUGAUAUACUGCGGCAAGGAGCGUUCCUGCUCACAAGUGAGACCAGAAAAUGUUACCAAGUCUAGCAUAUUAUUUGCCGAACAGGUCAGAGGUUAUCCCAAACAGAAAACCUUUAGACUAUCCUGUGAUCUUUUCGGUUUGGCUGGUAACUAUGCGGUACAGCUAAGACCCAUGAUCCCUCUACCCAAUAUACCCAUUACCAGACGUUUCCUUUCGGUCGACUGGAGCGAAAAAUAUGUGUUUAAUGUCUAUGCCCGCAGUAUAUUUCCCUGUGAUCCUCAUACGGGUAUAGGUGUGCUCUAUGAGUAUCCUUCAUGCAUUCUAGAGCAGGGUGAUCGUGUUAGAGUCUAUGCUAAAUUAAGGGCCGAUGUGGCCUCCCUAAAGCCUCCUACUACUUUGCAUUAUAUAGCGGAACAGCGUGUGGUGAAGAAUCAAUAUUCUUUAUACUUUAAUUGUGAUCUAUUUACGGAGAAAUUUGUGGAGUAUUGCUUUGUGUAUGUGAGUCAAGCGAUUUCGGGUGCAGUGGCCGAUGUGAGAAUGGAUUGUGUGCCUACGCUGCCGGUGAGAGAGUUUUUAGUUGACGAAAUGAGUACCGAAGAUAAAGAUGCCAAAGGCAAAAAGGGGGGCAAAGGUAAAGGUAAAAAGGGCAAAAAGACGGAUCCCAAUAAGUUAAAUCAAGUGGAUAAGACUUUCUAUGAGUUGACUAUAACGGAUUUGAAUCAAAAAUUGGCACGUUUGAGAAGUCAUUUGGCGACUUUGGAUGAUACAAAUAAUAAUUUAAAGGAAAAGCUUAGAAGUCUGGAGGAGGAUCGUACAGAUGUGGCGGCCCAUUUGGAAAAGACUUUGGCCGAACGCAAUGACAGCAUUAAAGAGCUGGAAGAGCGUUUGGUCGAAAUCACCAAAGUGCGCAACAAUGAGAAGUUGCAGGCUGAGGAGCAUAUUAAGGAUUUAGAGAAUAAAUACAAAUCCAUGCAUGAUCAGUUGACUUCGGAAAUUAAGCUGUUAAAUGGUAAACUCAAUUCUCUAGAUGAAUUUCGCAUACAGCGUGAUGUUCUGCUGGCCAAGUUUGAUGAUCAAGAAGCCGAGCUGAAAGAAAAAGAUCGGGCUCAUCAAGAGGCCGUUUACAAUAUGGAGCAAAAAGCUGUAGUUGAAAAAGAUGCCUUGAAAAAGGAAGUUGAAGCCAAACUUCUACAGGUUUCAGAGGAUUUCACGCGCUCCAGUGAGAUCCGUAAUGCCGGCUAUACCAGACGCUUGAUUAGGGAGAAUAUAGCUCUACAAAAGGAAAUCGAUAUACUAGUUUUGUCUCAAAUCAAAAUGCAGCAAGAUUUCAAUGAACAUGUGCAAAAGAACAAAGAAAUGGCGGAACAAUAUGCCGCUCUAGAUCAAUUGAAAAAUCAAUUAAUCAAAAGUUCUCAAAAUAAAAUACGCAUCAUAGAGAAACUCACCGAUAACUAUGAACGUUUGAAAACCAAAUACACCGAGGUAGUUAAAUAUCGUGCUCUCUAUGAAAACAUAACGAAAAAGGAUGUCUGUGAUCAAUUCUCCUUUAACGAAACCACCAAAAAGUUAAGAGUACUGGGGCAGCAUGUAGAAGGUUUGAAAUUGGAAAGAAAUCGUUUAAUAGCUUUGCAUGAACAGCAAGAAGCGGAAAUUAUGCGACUACAAUCAGUUAUACAACAAAUCAAAUUAACCGUUCAAAUAGCCAUUAAAGCAAUAGAAGAAGACAAGCUGCCAACUGCUCAGGACAGUGGAGAAGCCGAUGAGUCUGCACUGAGACAAGUCAAACGUCAUAAUUUACUUUCCGAAUUAAUGGAACUUGUAAGCAGUCAUUCGGACCGUUUGCCUGACACACCCUCCAUUCAAACUAUUUCACGUUCUCGCUCCUCCCUAUAUCGUCCCGGUAAAAUGGGUUUCAUGCCUCGCACUGCCUCCUCUCUUAUGGAAAUUUUCAAAAGAGAAGCUCAAAAACUUACCUCCACAGAAGUGGUAGCACCCGAGUUUCAAGUCGAGUACAAAGACUCUCAAAUCAUACCCAAAGAACGCAUCAGUGAGGCCGGCUCUAUAGUUGAUGUUGAAAUGGGUUCUACUCUAAUAGUUUCCUCUUCCCAUGAAGACUUGGAAGUAGUACAAAUGGAUGAGCAAGAAGGUGAGGAUUUAGGGGAAGAAGGUUCAAGUAGUGAUUUCGCCACUGCUCCAGCCAACACUACUACUGAUCACAUGGCUUCGACUGCAGAUGAAUCGCGUAAGAGUGUCUCCAUAAAACGUGAAGGAGAAGAGGCAUCGGAUGUGUCGGGAGAGUUGGGUAAAAGAAGUCAAGAGGCAGAUAGUACGUCAAGAGGCUCUCGUGUAUCUCGAAUGUCGCGAUUGAAAAGCUUGCCACCAAUCGAUACCGAUGAAUAUUCGAUAAAUGGUCCUUCAGUACAAACUGAAAAAUGCGGUAAAACCAUUAGCGAUACGUGGGAUUGUAUUUACGAGACUAGCGGCUCAGUCUUCAGCAAACUUAACCGCACCGAUGUAAGCCAGGAAAUUGGUCCUGGCUGUCGCUGCGGUUGCAUUGUUCAUUUGGGAACUUCAAAGCCCAAGCGUAUUAUAGCAGGAGCUACACAAAGUUGUCCAGGCAGAUCAUUUUGGUUGAUACAGGUUGAUGGUGAGGAGACUAUUUCACUGCAAUUGAACUUUCUACGUCUACCCUGUGCUACGCAAUACAUAAAAAUACGUGAUGGUCCAUCGUUAUCUUCUACAUUGCUCAUUGAAAUGCAGGGUGGCACAACUGGUGCCGGUGGAGCAGGAGGUGGUAAUGCGUAUAGUGGGAAUUUACCUGUUUCACUGGAAUCCAGUGGAGCACAGUUAUUAUUAGAAUUCUAUGCUGGUGAGGAGACGAGUAUUACCAACAAUACUGACAUUCACACCGGCUUAAUAUGUACGGGAGGAUUUUUGGCAAAUGUUGAACAGAUUGUUAGAAACUCUUCUGAAACAACUUUAAUGGCUGCCACACGUUUAUCGGUGAAGGGAAGAUCUUUUCUACAAAAACCUAAAAUGAAAUCGAAGUUUACUUUAGUACAUUUAAGUGCAGUAAUAUUUGCCAGUAUUAUAAUUUUAAUAAGUGCUUUAUUGGGCGCCCAAUAUGUGAUACGCUAUCGUAAGUAUCAUUUAGCUGUGGCCCGUCGUCGUGAUGAGGGUUCCCGUCUGCAUACUCCACAUGCCAGUAUGAGUUCUUUACAGAGUCCUCCAUCUAGGGCAGUGAGCACUACUACUCUUAUAUCAGAAGUCAUUUAUAUGGUAAAAAUGCGUCCCAAGCAUCAACUAAGACAUUCGAUUCUAAGAGAAAGCAUUGAUGCAGAGAAUUUGGCGCGAGAGACGGAGAUGAGUGAAACGAAUGUUAAGGAGCCAAUGGUUAAGUGCGUUGAAGAAUUCGGCAGCAAUGGUUCCAUAGUCACGCUACGCAAUGAAAUUAUAUCACCCACCACCGAAUCGCUCAGCCGCUCACCAUCCACCGAUGACGUUAUGUCCGGCACUGCCAAUGAAUCGAAUAUCGAUGAUCUAAAUCCCCGAAGUUGCGGCACACUAACACGUAAAGAUAGCGGUAAAGAUACCGAAAGUAUUAUAUCAUCUGGCAUGUCCUCUAUCUGCAACAGUCCACCAAUGAAUACAAAACGUUCUAGUCGUUAUUCCGAACGUUAUGAUGCCUCAACACUCAAAAUGACAAAUUCGUAUUUGGAAGAGAAAACAGACUGUGAAUCGAUAAGAUCAGUGGCACCGAGAAGGAAAUCACGUUGUGCUAGUGUUAAUUUAACGAAUGGUUGCUAUUCACCGGCUGCUAGUAUUAUAAGUUCGGCUACCAUACGCAGCACUAAUCCCAAAGAGAGCAAAGAGAAGCAGAACCGUAAAAAGUUAUUGGCACGUCCAGGAUCAGAGUUUUCUUUGGGUAAUCAAGAGGAUUUUGAAUUGGAUUAUUAUGAUUAUAAUGUAACGAAUGCGGGCUCAGUACCGGGCUCUUAUUUGGGCAUGGAUCCUGCUUAUUUGGUAUGGAUACCACCCUUCGAUGAUAUACCCGAUUCACCCGAGAGAGAUGAGGAUAAAACACCUGAACCUUUACAAGAACCAGAUGAGACACAACCUUUGUAUCAGGAAAUAAAAAUGCCCAAAUAUGGACACUAUUUAUCACCUCAUAGUAAUACAAAUUCGAGUAAUAAUACCACCAAUACCAGUCCCACUUCAGAGGAGCUAUCACCACUUAGCAGUAAUCUACAGUCAAAAGCUACAACACCAAGUGAAACCGAUUUAAAGAAUUGCCUGAUAAGAAAAGCCAUAUCGUCCAAUUCCAAUCAAUCGAUUGGUGGUUUCAAACAAUCAACACCAUAUCUAACGCGUAAACAGCGCAAACAGCAAAAACAACAGUCUAAAUCGACUUUAUCCUUGGGUGGCCAAAAGGAAUCUAUACCUUUAGAUGAGCUUAAUGUUACCAGAUCGGUUAGGAAUUUACAACAAAUGCAAGAACCUUUUAGGGAGCAAACAACCACUAUAUUAGAAACUGAUUCGAUGAAUGGUUCGUAUAUAGAAAAGGAAACAUCGGUGGUUAAAUCACCAAGUGAUUUGCAAAAUUAUCUCUCUAUCGAUGAUAUACAAUUUGCCGAUGAGAGUGAAAGUGAUCAUGAUAUUGCUUUGGCCACCCUAAAGCCCCAACAGCAGCGUAAGAUGUCAGAGAAAGAAGCUUUAACGGAGGAGUGUCAACUGCUUAGAGAUAUGAAGAGAGUAAGUACGGUGGUGGCACAAAAUCGAGCACAAACUGUUAGAAGAACACAAGUGUAAAGUGUCUGAAAGCUUUCUGAGAAAGCUUUUGCAAGCGCAGAUAAAAACAGAGGCGUGGCUAUGAAUAUAUUUAAUAUUUAAGCGAUAUUAUCGUAAAAAUGUUUAAGAAAAAGAGAAAAUUAUUUAAAAAAUUUAAUUGUAUAUAAAAGA